GCAUUAAGCACUGGCUAUGAUUUGUACCAAACAUUCGUCAAAAAUGUGGAUACCGAUGGUCACAAGUUCUUGGAUUCUUUCAUCUACUUUGGUGGUGGAUACAUUUUUCCUGUUGAGUGGAAUAUUCUGUAUUUACUCUUUACCCAAUGAAGUCAGCGUAACUCUUUUUUUAAAGAAUCUCCAUGUAUUUUAUCUGCAUCGUCUGUUGAGACUGCUGCCUCUCCUCGCGACGGUUGUCCUGUUUCAGACUUCAAUAGUCAACUGGUUAUCCGAUGGCCCGGACUGGCCAAAACUGGCUUUUACAUCAGAAGUCUGUAAGCAGCGCUGGUGGGCAGUUCUGUUGCAUAUUCAGAAUUAUCUGAAACCUUCUGGAUUAUGUCUUGUGCACUCCUGGUACCUAACAGUGGACACGCAGCUUUAUAUGUUAAGUCCACUUGUUCUCAUUUUCCUGUUCGGCUCUCGGAAGAUAGCUUGGUCUGUUAUGACUCUCACCUUGAUAGCAUCAUUAAUAACAGUCACGUAUUAUGCUUUUACUUACGAAAUACCAGUGGUAUUUGUAAAUGUUUGGUACUUGAAAAUACCAGUAACAUAUUUAAGAAAAUUUUUCGCUCACACACCAGCGAGGGCAACGCCCUACGUCAUCGGCAUCAUGUUUGGGUACACUUUGAAGGUGCAUCAAGAAAAACCUAUUAAAAUAUCAAAGAAAUAUGUUGUACUCCUCUGGUUGGGUGCAUUAGGUACAAUGGCAUUUUGCGUUUUCGCUCCAAACGAAACACUCCACCUAAACUAUUACGUCCCACACUUCUUCGACCACUUCCUCUCCUCGUAUAUGAGAUCCACGUGGGCUGCCUCAGUUGGAUGGGUCAUUUUAGCUUGCACACACGGCUAUGGAGGACCAAUAGAUUGGUUUCUUUCACAGCCAUUAUGGAAAUUGCCAUCCAGAAUGUCAUAUGCAGCAUAUCUUGUUCAUCUCCCUAUAAUGAUGGUCAGAAACAACGGAGUAGUUAAAUCAGCGUUCUUUUCAGACAUAGAAACUAUCUAUAAUGCCGCAUCAUAUAUUUUUAUCUCAAUGCUGGUGGCUUUUGCUUUAUGUGUCGUGAUUGAUGCACCCUGCUCUACACUACAAAAGGCAGUACUUGAGCCUUCGCGGGAUACCAGUAACGCCAACGGAGCGAAAAUUCAAGAAAAUCAUUAAAUAAGAUUAUAACUUGUACAUUACUAAUUUAAUGUAAAAUAAAAUUUUCAUAAACUUUCUAAAAUGGCACAUUCUA